AUGUCUGAUACAAAGCAACAAAAAGCACUCUUCCUUAAGUCCAAGCACGGCCAAUUCGCUAUUGGUUUGAACAGCAUCCCGAAGCCCGGGAAGGAUGAGGUCUUGAUCAAGGUUUACUCUGCAGCCCUUAAUCCUGUCGACUACAAAGUUCAGGAACUCGGGGGUUUUGUCGAAAAAUACCCAGCAGUACUCGGUGAGGAUAUUGCUGGUAUCAUCGACGAAGUAGGAGAAGGCGUCCUCAACUUCGCGAAGGGAGACAGAAUCCCGGAUAAUUCGGGAUAUGAUGACGCAGCCACUAUUCCAUUGGCCCUCGACACUGCUUCGACUGGCCUGUAUUCUGUUGGCAAGUACGGGUUUGGCCUCACGCCACCCUGGGUAAAGGACGGUAUUGGCAUGUACUCCGGGACUCCGAUCGUCAUUCUUGGUGGAGCUUCAGCUGUUGGGUCUUAUGUCAUUCAGCUGGCUCGCCUCUCUGGGUUCUCUCCUAUCAUUACGACUGCGUCGCCUGCCCAUGAAGUGUACCUGAAGUCGCUUGGGGCUACCCAUGUAUUGAACAGGCACCUUUCUGCCGACGUUGUCAAGGCUGCUAUCGACGGAUUUACAAAGAACCCGAUCAAGUACGUGUAUGAUGCCAUCUCUCUCCCUGAGACACAGCGGGUUGGAUGGUCGAUCCUCGAUGCGAAAGGAUGCCUAGUUUUGACACUUCCGGCAUCAGUCAAAGAAGACGAAGGAAAGGAACGCCAAGUUAUUGUGACAUUCGGAAGUCCACAUGCGAAAGAAAACAAGGAGCUUUGCAAGGGGUCGUGGGCCAUUCUUUCGCAGUGGCUUGAAGCGGGGACCAUUAAGCCUCUUAGGUACGAAGUUCUUCCUGAUGGUCUUGAAGGAAUCAUCGGAGGGUUGGAACAAAUGAAGGCGGCGAAAGUAAGCGGGAAAAAGCUGGUUGCUCACCCGCAAGACACAAAGUGAGGCCAUACUAUGUGGUCGACGAGGAAGUCAAUGUGAUUUUCGUCUGGUUUGUUACUGUAUUUUUAUUCAAGUGCCGGCAUCGUAUUACUAUGUAUUAGUAAAUUAUUUCAAGAAUAAACCUGUG